ACGAGGCAGGGGUAGGCGGGCCCGUUACCGGCUGCUGCUCUGGGCGAGCCGGGCGGCCGGAGAGGAAGCGCGGCCACCCCGCACACACCAUGAUUCCCCUGGAGAAGCCGAGCAGCGGGGAUUCGUCGUCGGCCGCUGCUUCCUCGGGCUCGGGCCGGGGCGGCCGGGGGCAGAGCGCGGCACGCCGGCCGCCGCCCCAGGCCCGCGGGCUGCUGACGGAGAUCCGCGCUGCCGUCCGCACCGACCCCUUCCAGGACAGCUACAGCCUGAGUCCAGGCCGGGAACUGGGCAGGGGGAAAUUUGCAGUGGUGAGGAAAUGCAUACAGAAAGAUUCUGGAAAGGAAUUUGCAGCUAAGUUCAUGAGAAAAAGGAGAAAAGGCCAAGACUGCCGGAUGGAAAUAAUUCAUGAAAUCGCCGUUCUUGAACUAGCCCAGGAUAAUCCGCGGGUCGUUAAUUUGCAUGAAGUUUAUGAGACGGCCUCCGAGAUGAUCCUGGUUCUGGAAUAUGCUGCUGGAGGUGAAAUCUUUGACCAGUGUGUUGCAGACAGAGACGAAGCCUUCAGCGAGAAAGAUGUUCAGAGACUCAUGCGGCAGAUUUUAGAAGGUGUGCACUUCCUACACACUCACCAUGUGGUUCAUCUGGAUUUGAAGCCACAAAAUAUCCUGUUGACAAGUGAAUCUCCACUGGGUGACAUCAAGAUAGUUGACUUUGGACUUUCAAGGAUAGUGAAGAACAGCGAAGAGCUCCGGGAAAUUAUGGGCACCCCCGAGUACGUGGCUCCCGAGGUUCUCAGUUACGAUCCCAUCAGCAUGGCAACAGAUAUGUGGAGCAUUGGAGUGUUAACAUAUGUCAUGCUUACGGGAAUAUCACCUUUCCUAGGUGAUGACAAGCAAGAAACAUUCUUGAACAUUUCACAGAUGAAUUUAAGCUAUUCUGAGGAAGAAUUCGAUACUGUGUCUGAGUCAGCUAUUGACUUCAUUAAGAAACUUUUAGUUAAGAAACCUGAAGAUCGAUCCAGUGCUGCAGAAUGCCUGAAACAUCCGUGGCUGACACAGAGCCAAGUUCAAGGUCCCGGUGUGAGAGUCAAAGGGGCAUCGGAGGAAGCAAACGCCCUCCACCAAGGUGAUUCUGGGCCCGACACUGGCUCAGAGACCGAGGAACCAGUGGUGACGGAAGAGUUAACUGUAGUUACUUCAUAUACUUUAGGACAAUGCAGACAGUCUGAAAAAGAGAAAAUGGAGCAAAAGGCCAUUUCAAAGCGAUUUAAAUUUGAGGAACCUUUGCUGCAGGAAAUCCCAGGAGAAUUCAUCUACUGAGCCGUGUUUCCCUUUAGAACCUUAAGAUUUCUACAUUGAAAAUGUUGUUAUUUAUGGACCUUUGGCCAGACGGUACAUAAUCUAAUGAAAGUGGAUGGAUGACCAGGCAUCACUGGGGACAAAAACUUUGUCAAACUUGUGGAGUUAAGUGAAUCCAGCCAGAUUUCUAAAUUUGCCAAGUAGGAGGCUUCACAGGUAAAAUUGUCUGUUUCAAUGUUAUUUUUAAGGAGUGAGAUAUUUGCACCUUUAAUACUGCAUCCUGUUUCUCCAGAAUGAGAAUUUGUAUUUAACAAUAUUUGUUUUCACUUUCCUUAAAAAUCUAAGUAAAAGUGCCAAAAGUA